AUGGAUACUGGUCCUACACUUCUUCCGUUUCAAAUAAUCCAAACUAGCGAGAUCAACGAACUACCACCAGUCGAGCCACUUAUUAAAAUAGCCAAAUCCGAAGCCUUUAAUAAGAAACCCAAUUUCUACGAACUCUCACAACCCCAUGAGUACAGUUCUAGCUAUCGACUAGCAACAUUCGGUUCACACCAACUUUACAAAGACUAUUGGAAAGGCAUCGACUUCUUUCCCCAGAUCAAACAUGUCGAUUAUACCAGACUUCAACGCCCCCCAAUCUGCCAAAAUCUAAUGGCAGUUAAUCGCACUCCAGAAAAAGGUUCGCCCUACCUCAUGUAUAGCAACGAUGGCUACAAGUACUUCAUUCGCAAAGAAAGACAUACCGAUGGUAUAGAUGUUUGCGCCUCUAUCUUUCUCAACGAAAUUCCAACCAAAGUAUCUCUGUAUAAGAACAAUAGUCUUGUUCUGACCCGGACUGGUGUUGAUAUCAUUGAUUGUAAUACCUUAAAGACAUAUACUAUUCCUAUUGAUCAGCCUUUCGAUAUGGCCACUCCAUUUGGCAAUACUAGUUUUCUUUGUGUGCUUAAAGAGCCUGCUUGUUCCUCUAACACUGAUCCUAACUAUUAUAACGCUAUCUUAGACCAGCUAGAUCUAGAAAGUGGCAAGGCAAUCUCAUACACGAUCAAGGGCCACUCGGCCUUCUCUACUGCCGCUAAAAUAUCUAGUACUUGGCAUCCCCAGCAAUACAUUUGCGGUCGAUCCAUGUACAUCUCCUUGCUUGACUUGCGCGAAAAGACAUCACGAUCUAUUUGGACUAUUGCUCCAAAACUGGAAUCCCUUCAUCCAGAUAGAGUUGUUAAAAGCGGAACCAUCAAUAGUUUGGAACAAGCAACUUCUAACAAAAUCGUAGUUUCGACUGGAUCGCACUUAGGUACUCUUGAUAUGCGCUGGCUUAAUGAUAUGUUUAGUUCCCGGUAUGUGCCCUUCCGAGCCGAAGGUUUAGCAGCCGGUCAUAAUGUAGUAGCUUACAAUGCUUUAGGCCAGUUCUUCUUCGAAAGUCUAAGUGCUAGUGAACCCUAUGCUUACCGGCACUUUAAACUUCCAACCACGACCCAAUUCUUAGCCUUUGACUGGCAUAGCCGUUCCUUCACUAAACCCUAUUCUUUUGCCGCCUUCCUCUUUGAUACACAUAUCAUUAUUCAUCAUCAUGAUGGCCAGACUAACUUGCACCAAAUUCCCAGUGCUAAACCAGCCGAUAUUGUUUUCGGACUAGCCGGUGCCAAAGAUAUAGUCCAGCAGAAUAGACGCAUUCGUAAGCGCAGUUCAGCCCUAAAUACCUUCUUAGGCCGCACAAAAAGCCUCUUUGCCACCACCACCACCACCAACAAACCCGAUUCCUAUACCUACUUAGAGCGUUCCCUACUAGGUGGUCAUGGAGACCCCCUAAAACCCAAACCACCUCUCAACACCACCAUCCCCAGGUACCUAGCCCAGAUCUGGCCCGCCAGUAGUUUCGGCAAUAAAAUCGGCAACAACCCCGCCAAUACACUUGGCAAUCCACUUAACACUCCCUCUACCACAUCACAACCAAGCACUCCCACUAACACCCCCACUAAUACUCCUAAUAACACUCCCACUAACACUCCUAAUACCACACCAAAUAUUACACCCCAAUCUAGUCCUAUCAUGUCUACCAGCCCAUCUUCUGCCAUUGAACUUGCCAAAAAGUACAACAUCCAACCCCCCGGCGAGCACCGCAGUCUCAACUCCAAGACACCUUCUCCCCCAAAACCCAACUAA